CGACUGAGCCACCCAGGCUCUCCUGCCUCCGUUUUAAAUGAGCGUGGCUCACACUCGCUCACAGCCCCAGUCAAUAGCUUCGGCUUCUCUGGAACACGGGACCCGAAAAUGGAUAAGCCUAUGUUCACGACGCCCCCUAAACGUAAAAGUGUUCCAGCAAGAGCAUAAGAUUCCUGCAAUGGAGGCCCCCCAAGACUCGUUUCCUGUGACGACCACCGUGGUCACCAUCCACACUGAGACGGCCGUGCCCGACCACAUCGUCUGGUCCCUGUUCAACACCAUCUUCAUGAACUGGUGCUGCCUGGGCUUCAUGGCCUUCGCCUACUCCGUGAAGUCUAGGGACCGGAAGAUGGUGGGUGACAUGACUGGGGCCCGGACUUAUGCCUCCACCGCCAAGUGCCUGAACAUCUGGGCCCUGGUCCUGGGCCUCCUUCUGACCAUCACGUUCAUCAUUUUUUUUGUUGCUGGGUCACUGAUGAUUUCCCAAACAAUAUCAGAGAUCAUUAAACAGUAUGGAGGACACUAGUAGCUGCCCGUGGCCGGAGGCGGUUACCUCUGUCACAGUACUUUAUGGACGUGUCAAUCUACCAUUGAAGUCAAUAAAGCUCUUGUGUGUGAG